GACAACAGCCGUCCCUCGCAGCGCCAGCAGAGCCAGCGCGCGCCAUGCCAGCUCCCGUGGAGGUGUGCGAGGAGGAGGAGGUGGACCAGCUGGGGGGCCUCGACUACAGCCGCCCGCCCAUGAAGCACUCCGACACGCGCGACAGCAUCUCGUCCACCGACAGCGACAUCUCGCUGUCGUACGACAAGGACGCGGCGCCGCAGCUGCCGGACGAGGCGGCGCUGCUCGCCGACCAGUCGGACUGCGGCUCGGACGACGCCGGCUCCACCACCGGCAAGGACUCGGGCUGCGAGGUGGCCGACCAGGAGCCGCCCUUCGUGCCGCCCGACGACGAGCUGGCCGAGCGCAUCGUGUCGCAGGUCGAGUUCUACUUCUCCGACGUGAACAUCACCAAGGACGCGUUCCUGCUGAAGCACGUGAAGCGCAACAAGGAGGGCUACGUGUCGCUCAAGCUGAUCUCGAGCUUCAAGCGCGUCAAGCACCUGGCCAAGGACUGGCGCGUGGUGGCGGCGGCGCUGCAGCGCUCCACCAAGCUGCAGAUCAACGAGGCCGGCACCAAGCUGCGCCGCACCGACCCGCUGCCGCAGUACGACGAGACCACGCCGUCGCGCACCGUGCUGGCGUCCAGCCUGCCGCACGACAAGCCCACCAUCGAGCGAGUCGCCGACCUGUUCUCGUGCUUCGGCGAGAUCGCGCUGGUACGCAUCCUGCGGCCCGGCAACCCCGUGCCGGCGGACGCGCGGGCCUUCGUGGCGGCGAGGCCCGAGCUGGCGGGCGUGGUGUGCGCGCUCGUGGAGUUCCAGGAGGCCGAGGGCGCCCGCUGCGCGCUGAGGGGCGCCGCCGACUGGGCGGGCCACGCCAUGGGCGUGCGCGUGCUCGAGCUGCUGUCCGAGAAGAGGCGGCGCGUCCCGCCGGCCCGCAAGGGCUCCCUGCUGGCGGCGCGACACCUCUGCGACUGCGAGCACUCGUCCUCGUGCGCCAGCGGCUCCGAGGCGGAGCCGGAGCACCGCCCCCGGCGCUCGCCGCGCCUGCUGCCGCCCCCGGCGCGCCUGCUGCACCGCUGCUCCGAGCCCACCGCCGCCUGGGCGCAGCGCCGCGCCUCCUCGGGCUCCGACACGGCGCCGCCCACGCGGCCUCGCAGCUCCAGCCUCGUGCAGUUCGCGCCGUCGGCCAACCGGCCGCGCUCCAACAGCGGCGUGGCGCACCUGCCGGACAACGUGGUGCGCAUGCCUCGCGGGCCCGACGGCAGCCGCGGCUUCGCCUGCCCGCGCUGAGGCGCCCCCAGUCAACUGGCUGUGAUCUUAGUCUUUAGCACACUAACCCUAGCUUCUCCCCCUGUGCGCGUCGACGUGCUCGCUUCUCUACUCUACUAUACUCGCGUGGCGUCUGAAUGACUGUCCGGGACUCGCUCGCAAACUGCUGGCUACGGCUUUUGUAAAGCCAAAGGUAAAGUCGGUUCGAUGACCAAAGACUGAACAUAAUAUAUUGUAUUUUAUUGUUGGAGGAAAGGGAAUGUAUGUGUGGCAUCGACAUAUGCCCGUGUGUUUGUUACCUGUCAUUAUUAUCUAUUGUAUGUUUGUUGAUGUCGUUUGAUUAAAUGACUUGUUUUUACCGA